AUGGUUUUACUCGGUCCUCUGUUCUACUACAGCUCUGACGAAGAAGAAGAGGAGGAGAAACAAGAAGAAGAAGAAGACAUUCAUACAUCUGAACGCCAUGAUUUAACAACAAAUCAUCUAACUCGAAUCUUCAACGUCACCUUCUUUGGAAAAUCCAUUACUACUACAGUAACAUCAAAACCUAGCGAGAUUAGGAAAUGGAUUUACAGCAGUUUGUAUUACAGUCGUCGUAAUCGACACAAUCUUGUUGUUGGACUUGGUGUUCAAUGGUUCCCAAACACUUAUGGUUCUGAUAAUGAUCCAGCAGAAACUCUUCAAAUCUGCAUCGGUACUGGAUGUUUGAUUAUUCAGCUUACUCAUACUCCUUAUGUUCCUAAAAUUCUUCGAAGGUUUUUGGCUAAUGAGAAGAUCACUUUUGUUGGGAUAUGGAAUUAUUGUGAUAAUAGUAAGCUUAUGAAAUCAGAACAUCAAUUAUUUGUUUCGAGACUGAUUAAUCUGAGUGAGUUCGGAAUUCAAAAGGAGUCAUCUAGUGGUUCUAUGGAGAAUUUGGUUAGGGCUCAUCUUGGUUUUAAUGGUGUGAGAAAAGAUGGAAAUAUUGGUAGAAGUAAUUGGAAUGCUAAGAAUCUCAGUGUUGAUCAAGUUCAGUAUGCUACUGUUGAUGCUCAUGCUUCAUUUGAGAUUGGUAAGAAACUUGGAGCAUGGAGGUUUGAAGACUGA